CUUCUCUGGGUCUAAAUUAACCAAAAUGUAAAAUGGGGAUAAUAGAAUCUAUUUCUUCCCUACCUCUUCGGAUAGGUAUGGGGAUUAAAUAACAGAUGCUUCUCAAUUUACUGUAGGGCUUUCAAUCUUAAUAAACGCAUCAUAAACUUGACAAUAUCCUAGGUCAAAAAUGGUAUUUAAUAUACCUAACAUGCACAAUAGCUCAGCAUCCAGUAUGUUCAGAGUGUCAGUUGUUUAAUCUGAUUGCAUGUCUGAUUUGUAACUGCAGCUCACUACCACUGCCCAAUGUGACAAAAGUAUUGCACCAUAUAUUUACUGGCCCACAUAUCCACUAACUGGGAAAGGAUCAAAAUUCAAAGUCUAGGGGCUGAGGCUAUAGUUCAGUGGUGGAACACUUGCCUAGCAUAUACAACACCCUGGGUUUGAUCCCAUCACUGCAAAGUAAAAUUCACAGUAUCGGGGCUGGAGGUUUAGCUCAGCGGCAUAAGCGCCUGCCUUGGAAGCAGGCAGUCGUGAGUUUGAUCCCCGGUACCGAUAAAAAGGAAAAAGACAAAAAAAAAAAAAAAUUCACAGUAUCAGUGCCUAUCACCUACCAUUGUAGGUCAAAACCAUCAAAGGUUGGGAAUCAUCUGUAUAUAUAAAUCUCUUUGAAGAAUGUCUGGCAAGUAGUAAGCACUCAGUAAAUAUUAACAUGGGUGACACAGCCCAGCUAUCAACUUGCCAUCAAUGACAUCUCAUUACUAUAUUUUCCCUAAAGUCAUGGCUAAUUCUGAGAAUUUACCCCUUUUCAUCACUUUGGUGUGAAUGUGUGCUGUGGAUUUAACCCAGGGCCUCACAUAUGUAUAGCACAUGCUCUGCCUCUGAGCUACAUUCACACACACCCCCUCACAGUUUUUAUCAUCUCUUCCAGAUCUUCUCUCAUGUUGAUCUCUUUUACCCAGAACAAAGCUGAACUGUUCUUUUUUGGGGGAGGGUGGGACAGUGUAUCCAGAGUCAAACUCAACUUUGUGCUUGCCAGGCAGGUGCUAAUACUAUUGAGCUGUUAUCCCUGGUUCAUCUGAACUGUUCUUAAAUCAUGUUUUUUGGUUCUGAAGUGCUCUCUGCAUAGUCACCACUGAGAUGUGGGUAUUGGAGUGAGUGACAGAAAUGGAUCGCCAGUCACUGGCCUUAAUAGGAGUGGCUAAAGUGAAUCACGUGACUAUAAAGCUUCCAGAAGCAGACUUUAAGAAAAAUAAGUACCCCGAAUUAGGACUCCUUAAACUGUUUUCUGAGCCUGUUUUUCAGUGGCUGGAUAUGAUUUAAGAGUCUGUUGCUAGCCGGGGAUUUAGCUCAGCGGCAUAAGCGCCUGCCUGGCAAGCAUGAGGUGAGGUUGUGAGUUCGAUCCCCAGUACCAAAAAAAAAAAAAAGAGGCUAUUGCUACUCUCUGACAUCCCUUACUCAGUUUGUAUUAUUUUUUUGUUGUUGUUGUUUCUGUUUUUUUUUUUUUUUUAACUGAAUUUAUCCUCUGAGCUAGCUCAGGACUCUCCUGUUCAGAAAUGGGGAUAUUAUACCACCUCUGUCACAUUAAGAAAGAGAAGUGGAAUGAAGAGGGAGAGAUUCUAGACUGUUUUAUGGCUGUGACUUUUCUCAGGUCGUGGGUCCAGAUUGGGAAGUUCGCUAACUUCUGAUGUGAGGACCUUCAUCAAAACCAAGGUGGAACCUGGCUCUACUUACAGCCUGAAGCCAUGGGCCAGGAGGCCAUGGUGACCUGAGGCCAGUGGACUCUAUCCAGUCCCCCACCCUGUUGCUCCUUCUACCUCCCCUGCCCUGUACUAAGAGGACUUGUCUCUACCUCUUCAGGGAACUUCUACCUUCCCAAGACUGUUUCAGGCUAUAGACCUCCUGAGGUGGUCCCCAUUCCUCCCUCAUUUCUCCUCACCAUGCUUCAGCUGUGGAAGGUGAUAUGCCCAGCUCGGCAGCAGGAACUGUACCGCCUCAUACUGCUGCUAAUUGUUUUCAGCUUGGGCUCAAUGGGCUUCCUUGCUUACUACGUGUCUACCAGCCCCAAGGCCAAGGAACCCCUGCCCCUCCCCCUAGACUGCAGCAACAGUGGGGCACCUGGCCCUGGCCCUCCGAGGCCUCCAGUCCCACCUCGGCCUCCCAGGCCUCCAGAAACAGCUCGAACUGAACCAGUGGUCCUUGUAUUUGUAGAGAGUGCAUACUCACAGCUGGGGCAGGAGAUCGUAGCCAUCUUGGAGUCUAGUCGUUUUCGUUAUAGCACUGAGCUAGCCCCUGGCCGAGGGGACAUGCCCACGUUGACUGAUCACACCCGUGGCCGCUAUGUCUUGGUCAUUUAUGAAAAUCUGCUCAAGUAUGUCAACCUGGAUGCCUGGAGUCGAGAGUUGCUAGACCGGUACUGUGUGGAGUAUGGGGUGGGCAUCAUUGGCUUUUUUCGAGCCCACGAGCACAGCCUACUGAGUGCCCAGCUCAAGGGCUUUCCCCUUUUUCUGCAUUCAAAUUUGGGGCUCCGGGACUACCAAGUAAAUCCGUCGGCCCCAUUACUGCAUCUGACACGCCCCAGCCGCCUGGAACCUGGGCCACUGCCUGGUGAUGACUGGACCAUCUUUCAGUCCAAUCACAGCACAUAUGAACCAGUGCUUCUGGCCAGCCCACGGCCAGCUGAGCCCCCUGUGCUGGGACCAGCCCCUCGUCGUGCCCGGCUUCCCACUGUGGUGCAGGACCUAGGGCUCCAUGAUGGCAUCCAGCGGGUGCUUUUUGGCCACGGCCUUUCUUUCUGGCUCCAUAAACUUGUCUUCGUUGAUGCUGUUGCAUACCUCACUGGCAAGCGCCUCUGCCUGGAUCUGGACCGCUACAUCUUGGUUGACAUUGAUGACAUCUUUGUGGGCAAAGAAGGUACCCGCAUGAAGGUGGCUGAUGUUGAGGCUCUGUUGGCCACCCAGAACAAACUCAGGACCUUAGUUCCCAACUUCACCUUCAACCUGGGCUUCUCGGGCAAGUUCUACCAUACUGGGACAGAGGAGGAGGAUGCAGGGGACGACAUGCUGCUGAAGCACCGCAAAGAAUUCUGGUGGUUCCCCCACAUGUGGAGCCACAUGCAGCCACACCUGUUCCACAAUCGCUCCGUGCUGGCUGACCAGAUGAGGCUCAACAAGCAGUUUGCUUUGGAACAUGGGAUUCCCACGGAUCUGGGGUAUGCUGUGGCCCCCCACCACUCUGGUGUGUAUCCCAUCCACACACAGCUCUAUGAGGCCUGGAAAUCUGUGUGGGGUAUCCAGGUGACCAGCACUGAGGAAUAUCCCCAUCUCCGCCCUGCCCGCUACCGCCGUGGCUUCAUUCACAAUGGCAUCAUGGUGCUGCCCCGGCAGACAUGUGGGCUCUUCACUCACACAAUCUUCUAUAAUGAGUAUCCCGGAGGCUCUCGUGAACUAGACCAGAGCAUCCGAGGUGGAGAGCUCUUUCUGACGGUGCUGCUUAAUCCGAUCAGCAUCUUUAUGACCCAUCUGUCCAAUUACGGAAAUGACCGGCUGGGCCUGUAUACCUUUGAGAGCCUUGUGCGCUUCCUCCAGUGUUGGACACGGCUGCGCCUACAGACCCUUCCUCCUGUUCCUCUUGCACGAAAAUACUUUGAACUUUUCCCUCAGGAGCGAAGCCCUCUUUGGCAGAAUCCCUGUGAUGACAAGAGGCACAAAGAUAUCUGGUCCAAGGAGAAAACCUGUGAUCGGCUCCCCAAGUUCCUCAUUGUGGGACCCCAGAAGACAGGGACCACAGCUAUUCACUUCUUCCUGAGCCUGCACCCAGCUGUGACCAGCAGCUUCCCUAGCCCCAGCACCUUUGAGGAGAUUCAGUUCUUCAGUGGCCCUAAUUACCACAAGGGUAUUGACUGGUACAUGGAUUUUUUUCCUGUUCCUUCCAAUGCCAGCACUGACUUCCUGUUUGAAAAAAGUGCCAACUACUUUGACUCAGAGGUUGUACCACGGCGGGGGGCUGCCCUCCUGCCACGAGCUAAGAUCAUCACUGUGCUCACCAACCCUACUGACAGGGCCUACUCCUGGUACCAGCACCAGCGAGCUCACGGAGACCCAGUUGCUCUGAAUUAUACCUUCUACCAGGUGAUUUCAGCCACCUCCAAGGCUCCCCUGGUACUUCGCUCCCUGCAGAACCGCUGUCUUGUCCCUGGCUACUAUUCUACUCAUCUGCAACGCUGGCUAACAUAUUACCCCUCUGGACAGUUGCUGAUUGUGGAUGGGCAAGAGCUGCGUACCAACCCAGCAGCUUCAAUGGAAAGCAUCCAGAAGUUCCUGGGUAUCACACCCUUUCUGAACUACACACGGACCCUCAGGUUUGAUGAAGAUAAGGGAUUUUGGUGCCAGGGACUUGAAGGUGGUAAGACUCGCUGCCUAGGCAAGAGCAAAGGCCGAAGGUACCCAGAUAUGGACACCAAGUCCCGCCUUUUCCUUACUGACUUUUUCCGGACCCAUAACUUGGAGCUGUCAAAGCUGCUGAGCCGGCUUGGACAACCAGUCCCCUCAUGGCUUCGGGAAGAACUGCAGCAUUCCAGUCCGGACUGAUGUCCCAGCCUUCCUUGCCAGCAAAAAGUCCUCUGCUUCCCAAAGGGGAAAGCCCAGAGCAGGUCUUACCGGGGGAAUGGAGUGGCCUAGCCUCACCCCCUUCUACCUCAGUGGCCCUCAGGCCUGGGAUGGCUGAGAAGGGAAGGACAUCCCUUUUCUAUAGCCCUAGGGCCUGAUAAAGGGGUUUCCUUGGUAGCCCUGUAUCAUGGUACUAGGUACCUUUGAUUCAUGAUCUUGGGAGGUAGAGAAGAACGCAAGGGUUCAGCCAGGAUGGAGAGGAAUAUAUUAGUCCAAAGGUUUCCCUCUUCAUCCCAAGCAGUGUAUCUAUGGCUAUGGGAGGGACCCCCUUGCUGUGGCCCCUUUAGUCAAGCAGUGGGAUCUACCUGUGGCCCGGCCUCCCUAACGUCAUUCAUAUUGAAUGGGGAUGAGGUCGGACAGUGGCUCAUAGAGCUUAAAUAUGAGCCCUAGCUAUGGGCCAAAAAUGUCCUUAAUAAACAUCCUUAUUUUUCUGUU